AUGAGGCUCAGGCUGUCGCCGCCGAUGCUGGCGCUGCCGCCACCGCCGCCGCCGCAGCUGGGGCCGCCGCGGGAGUGGGGCAGGAGGACGGUGGUGGUCGGCGUCCGGGACGACGGCCAAGGGAGGGAGCUCCUCACCUGGGCGCUUGCCAUGGUCGCCUCCGCCGGCGACCGCGUCGUCGCGCUCCACGUCACAACACCCGCCGCCGCCGCCGGCGGCGGCAAAGGUGUGCUCACGAAAAUGGCGGAGAGGAUCAGGGCCACGGAUUCACUCGCCGCAUUGCUCCGAGUGUACGACGGCUUCUGCGACCUCAACCAGAUCAGCCUGGAGCUCAGAAUCUGCCAUGGAUCGUCCAUCAAGAAGGCUCUGGCGAACGAGGCGAGCUCCUACGGCGCCGCGCACCUCAUCCUCGGCGUCACCAACAACUCCCGGAGCCAUCUCCGGCAGUCGUCGUCGUCCUCCUCCGCCGCCGCCGCCGCGGUGGCCAAGUACUGCGCGAAGAGGGUGCCCCAGAGCUGCUCGGUUCUCGCCGUCGGCAAUGGCAGAGUCGUGUACCGGAGAGACGCAGCGCAGCAGCAACUCAACCAGUGCAUCAGCCCACUAGUGGAGACGCCGCGGAGGAUCUACCGGAAGCUCGUCGGCGCCGCGACGAUGAUCAAACGCGAGAAAGCACAGCACGACUUGGUGAUCGCCGGUGGCGCACGGCAUCUUCGCCGGAGCAUCUCGACGCCGACGAGCGCCCCCGUCUCGCCGGUAGUAGCGCUUACCCCACGUCCAGCGAAGUGCCAAUCGCCGGAGGUGGCCGUCGGCUGGCCGCUCCUCUCGCCGGACCUAAAGUCCGCCUUGCCGGAGUGGACAGAGAUGUCGGUGGCCCAGUGGGCAAUGCAGCUCCCGAGCCGGUCUCCGGCGUUAUCGCCACUAAAUCCACGCAGAAACUCCGGCGAACAAGCAACCUCACCGGCCAUUACCUCAUCGGAAACUCCAUCUCCGGCGAUGAAUGGUGCGCCGGAGCAAGUUGCAAAAGAGCUGGCCUCGUUAAGGGAGAAGUACUCAUCCAAGUACACCAUGUUCAGCUACAGUGAGCUUGCAAGAAUCACCUGCAACUUCUCUUCAGAUCGGAUAAUCGGGAAAGGCGGAGCGAGCCAGGUGUACAAGGGAUGCUGUGAUGAUGGCAAGGAGGUUGCAGUGAAGGUCCUGAAAUCUUCAGACAGGGUGAUGGAGGAGCUCGUCUCGGAGAUGGAGAUCAUCAGCUCCGUCCACCACGACAACGCCAUGCCGCUCGCCGGAUUCUGCCUCGACGGCGGCGGCGGCGGCAAGCUCAUGCUGGUCUACGACUACAUGGCGAGAGGCAGCCUCGAGGAGAUCUUGCAUCACGGUGAAAAGGAGGGAAAAGUUCGGUUUGGUUGGCCGGAGAGGUUCAAGGUGGCCGCCGGAGUCGCGCGUGCGCUUGUGUACCUCCACGGCGGCGACGGCAACGGCCGGCCGGUGAUCCACAGGGACGUCAAGUCCUCCAACAUCCUCAUCUCUGAAGAUUUCCAGCCAAAGCUGUGUGACUUCGGCCUCGCGCUUUGGGCGGCGGAGGCGGCGUCUCCGGUCACCGGCGACGAUGUCGCCGGAACCUUCGGGUACUUGGCUCCUGAGUACUUCAUGCACGGCAAGGUCAGCGACAAGAUCGACGUGUACGCCUUCGGCGUCGUCCUCCUCGAGCUUAUCUCCGGGAGGAAGCCGGUGAGCUCCGGCGGCCCCAAGGGCCAGGAGAGCCUUGUCAUGUGGGCGAACUCCAUCAUACACGGAGGGAAGCUCGCUGACCUCGUCGACCCCGCCCUGCCGGCAGACGGCGGCUUCGACGUCGCCGGCGAGGUCGAGAGAAUGACACUCGCCGCCACCCUCUGCAUCCGGCGAUCGCCGCAGCGCCGGCCGAGCAUCGCAAAUGUAAUGAAGCUACUCGACGGCGAUGGCGACGCCGUCAAGUGGGCGAGGUCACAGGCCGGUCUGUCUUUCGGAGAAGACGCCGACGAUGGCGAUGGCGAUGUCAGUCCACCGGAGAAGAAGGACAUCCAGUCGUACAUCAACCUGGCGCUGCUCGACGACGACGACUCGGCGUCCGUCAGCAGCGGCGGCGACUUCACGUCGGCGAACAUGUCGCUGGAGGAGUACAUGAAGGGGAGAUGGAGCCGGUCGUCGAGCUUCGAGUCUUCGACUUAGGGGACCGAUAAUCCUUCAAUUUUUGUGUACAUAUUGAUCUGAUCAUCCCUUGUUUUUCGUUUAUUUCAUGUGAUUAAGGGGAAUUUUCAGUCCCCUUCUUCAAUUUUUGGUAUUUUAUCUAGGAAUUGUUCAUGUAUUUCUCACUCAAAGUUGUAGUUUUACAAACUUACAAUUUAAUGAAAGGAAGA